UCGACUAGUUGAUAGUGUUUCGCGACUAUGCUCGUGUCUCGUAAUUCUGUCAAAACUCCUGGUACAUCAAAGUACAGGAGCACGCUUCCAAAAAGAUGACACAUUACGCCAUGGAUGGAUCGUUCGAUCGUCGGACCCAAUUUAACCAGCACAAGGGUGUGUUUCUUCGCGUGUGACCAUCCGCUGCUCAUCAGCGGCCAUGUCCGUGCCGUGGUCAUCUUUCAUGCGAUGCUCAACACACCUUACCGUCACACUCACUGCCUGAGGUCGCCUCUUCCGGCGCUGAUCGCGUAACCAAGCGCACGGGGCUUUGUUUUUAGUAGCGUUACGUUUUGUGGUGCUGUUUCUUCAGAUCUCGCGCCAAACUGGUUUUCGGUAGUUUUGUCGCUCCGGUUGAGAAGAUGGUGUUUCUUAAGAAGAAACGUUUUUCUUCACCUUUUUAGUGAGAGUUUGUUUUUUUUGGCGAUGAUGUUUUAGGUGGAUUCCUUCAUGUUUUUGUGACCGGUGAUCGUGCCAAGUGUCGGUGUUUUUUUCUUCUUAUCUUCCUUCUUGAUAAAAUGACGACUACAACCUGAUGUGGAUGAGGAAUUUUUAAGAUGUUUUGGAUUAGAGCAUUAUCAAACCCAUCGUUCCAAUCGGUGCUGCGUAGUAGUAUCUUGUUUUGUUUUGCGAAUACAUUUCGACGUAUAAGGAUUUGUUUAUCUUGCUUUAAAAAAUGCAACCCCUAACACGGAUGUUUGGUGAUACGUAGAUAAAAGUAGUGAAAUCUUGUGCCAUGAAUGGAGUGGAAUGAAUAGAAAAAACAUACUUCAACAAAAUGAAGGGCAUGUUGAGUGUUGGUGUGCGCCUAUUAGUUACUUCAAUUUCCACAUAGAUGCACACAUGUACAGAAAGUGACAACAAACGGGCAGACGCCCGGUGUCUAAAAACCCCUUACAGUGAAAGUGAAAAUUAACAAACCCCUUAUCUGGUGGUUUCCAUCCAAUGCAUCUCAAAUCCGUUUGCUUAGCCAAAUCUGCGAAACGGCCCUCGCACGAAGGGAAAUGGAAUGAUUAUUCAGAGUGAAAUUUUCUUCACCCAUACCAUGGUAAAAGCUGUGCUUACACGGUGAUAAUUGUGUGGUGAAUUAUGCAUCUCGAUUGUACACUGUGAUUUAACGUGCUGGAGAACGGUGAAGUAACAAAGUGCAGAAAGGAAAUAAGAAAUCGGUUGGGCAACAGUGAUAACGUGGUGAUAUGUUGUGCUAUUAAAAAAAAAUAAUAUAAAAACAAGUGAUUUAAAAGAAAAUUAUGUUUCAAACCUGCCCAUAAUGGACGCAGCACAGUAGCGAUAAUUGCAACGAAGAAAAAAGGUGAAAUUCCCUUUGUAGAAAACCACACCGCAGCAUAUUCAAACCGUAACAACAAUCGUCGCAGUCGGAAAACUACAAAGAAACUCGGUGGAAAGUGUUUGAUUGAUUUCAACGGAAGGAAAACAACCACUUGUGUGUUUGUGGUUAAAAAUCUACGUAGUAUUGAUGCUGAUUGGUUCUCUUUUUUCGAUCAACUACUUCAUCAAAAAACCAAAAAACGUGUUUAAAUGUUAAGUGAUAAACCAAAUCUAUAUUUCAGUACAUAGUGUCUACAGUGUGUGACAUCGGUUCCAUAAAGAAAUGCCUUGAUUAGUGUGUUAAUCCAAUGUACCUAUCUGUGUUCAUCCAGUCGAAAUCGAAAGUGAUUCGUGCGUAAAAAAAAGUGUGCGUGCGGUACGUGCGUACCAAACCCCAAAAAUCAUCAUUAUACUUCCACCCACCGGUGAUAGAUGCGAGAGCAGGUGUCGAACCAUCCAGACAACCCGGGUGCAACGGCAACGUUGGUACAGCGUAAUGGGUGACUCCCGCGGGACGACCGUGCGACCGUUCGUCCUGCUGCUGGUGCUUGUCGUUUGUGGCAGGACGGGUGGUUCCGUCACUGUCACAUCCACCGGUGAGCCGUAUGUUACGCCCUCAUCCAUCUCUGCGCAGGAGAUGACGGCGAAAACCUAUGGCAGUGGUAAAGUCACCAAACCGACACCGACGGCAAUCCCGGAGCCGGAGCUUUCCACACAGCUCGAUGCGGUACAGCGAAGCAACGGACCUCUUUUAAAUGGUACGACUGUCACAACAUCAGUGGCCUCCACUGAGGGGACCUCGACCACAGCAACGACGAAUACAACGACGGCACAACCGUCCACAACAAUGACCAAGCGAAGGAUGACGAAUCGCGACAAUAAACUGAUGUCGGUUUUGCAAGCUCGUCGUACUGCGCUGUCUCGGGACCGAUGGCGUAAGGAGUACAUCCACCAUCCACCAUCAUCUUCCUCGCUAAAGGCCCGGCAGCAGGCGAGCGUGGCGGGUAACCUGGUCGAAGAUAGCAGCACGCCGGAAUCGAACCUUAUCGUACCGGUCAGCUCAUCGUCCUCAUCGGUUCGCAUCGCUCCCGUCGAUGAGUUUCUUGACACUGAUGAGUCCAUUCACGGCAUGUACGUGGUGAAUCCGCGCACUGGCAAGAUCGCUAUUCAGCAGACGGGUUCGAGCAUUAAGCUAGCCAAAGAAACGAACAACUUCAUUGCGGCCGUACCAUCGUCCGGUAAUAAAUCGCUCGAAAUUACCAAACUCAUCUCGGCUAAAGGGGCAACCAUUACUAAUGCACCGAUAACAUCUACGAUCCCGACGACACUUUACUCCGGGCGAAGCUUAUACCUGGAAACGCGCGGUAAACGACUGCGCGAUCGUAAGACCUUUCCGCAACUAUCGACCGAACGAUCGGUGGAAGAAAGUGAUCUAAUCCCGUACCAAUACUUCGGGCAGAAGCUACUACCCGCCCAUCACAAAGGACUGGAUGCACGAAAUCAAGUCAUCAACAGUCGACGGACACAUCUCAACAAAUUGAAGGAGGAUCCAUUAAGUGAGAUGAACGAUGCUAGCCUUCCCAAAUCAUCGACCGAGAAAAGCAAGUUCUGGUCAAACCGCUAUCAGUCACGGAACGUUGUUGCACUCAAUAACUAUCUACGACGGGGUGGUUCGGUACCGUUCACGACUACAACCACGACCACGACAACUACGCUGAGUCCAUCGACUACGUCUUAUGCACCGCAUGAAGCUGCACCGGUACACUCGGAUGCAUUAACCAACUCCAUGAUUGCCCUUAGUAAUCUUUCCGAUGGAAACGAAGAGGACGAAAAGCAGGUCUUUUCGCGUAGUGCAAACUUUACCACAUCCAAUCGAACUGACAAUGGAUCACGCUAUGAAGAAAUUGAUUCUAAAUCCUACUUACUAUCAAAUCCAAAGUCCGAACCACUGGACAAUGGAGUACCGUCGCCGAGCACUACCACCGAACUGCCAAACAAGUCGUCAGUGGACGAGUACGCCGGUCCGGCCGGAUUGUACGGUUCAGGGUUAAGUUCCGGUAUUUCAAAGCUCAUCAUCAACUAUCCAGAUGAUGCAACUCCUGAGGAUUUUUAUCGACCACUAAAUACAUUCGAAACGCACGCACAAAUUGUUAAUCUUCAGGAGGCGACAGAAGAUCCCGUACCGACGACUUCCAUCCCUGCGAUCGAUGAGGACUAUGAUACACCGAGGAAUCUUGUGUCCCUACCGGACAUUAAUCAGAUAUUCCGCAACCUUUCAACACCCACGACAACGGAGAUGACGACCACGAGCACUACGCAAACAUCGGCCACUAGUACGGCAGCGACAGCUCCAGCACGGUCACGUCUUAAUACGCGAGUCUAUGUUCCUGUCAGUCGAUCAACAACGAUACGAACGAGUACUACUCCACGCACCACAACUACAACAACUACUACUACUACUACGACAACUACCUCGACAACUACCACGGAGCAACCAGAGGUAGAAGAAACCGAAGCACCUACAACAGUGUUGAUACUUACUUCGAACCCAACGACAACGGAGAGUUCCAUCCAAUCGACGUCUCCUAUGAGAACUACCUCCACCGAAACUCCUUCAACUUCCAUUGUACCUUCUGCGACUCCUUCCGUCCCAGCAAGGACUACAACUGUAAGACACUUUAGACCAUCGGCUCCUCCUACGGUUGGAUCCCCUCCGAAACCGACUAGACCUACCAUGAACCCACCGGAACACAGAACGGUUGCAAUCUUCACCGGACUUCGUCCCAAUGCACCCGACCCAACACCGAUCAACGAUACCGAAGUGGAACCGGGAUUCAAUCCGAUCUUAUCACACAUCUUCCCCAAGCUAGCUGGCCCCAUACUAUCUACUCGUUCCCCAGCAAAUCUUGACUUUUCGCUCACAUUCACCUCACCGCCACCGGUCGAUCAUAGUUCCGGCACGAAGAAACCAGCCGUUUCGUUUGACGGUGUACUACUCCAUCACAACAGUGACGUCGUGAUCGAGAUGCGCAAGAUGAACACGGCCACGUUUGUUCUGGCAGGGCUGGGCAUGCUUCCGAUCGUCAUUAUCGUACUGUACGUCAUCAAGGCAACGGUUUUCAACCGCGAAAACAAGGUAUCGCACGACUUGGAGCGCUACAUUCCGGACGGUCAGCCACCGAUCAGUCCGGUGGUAAGAUUGGAACAAUCGGACACCUCCAGCGCGACGGACGAGUCCAUCAUGACCGAGCAUGAUUUUAAUCGAAGUAAUCUACGCUUCAAAAGCUUGCUCGGGGAAGGAAACUUUGGCCAAGUUUGGAAGGCGGAAGCGGACGAUCUGGCGGGACAUCUCGGUACAACUCGUAUCGUUGCGGUAAAGACAGAACGAAGCGAUAAUGGACACGGCGAUCUGAAGGCGGAGGCUGAAAUAAUGCGCAAGCUUGGAUCACAUCCGAAUGUGGUGACUUUGUUGGGAGCUUGUCUGGAACAAGAUCCUCAACUACUGAUCAUGGAGUAUGCGAUGCGUGGACGAUUAUUAUCACUGUUACGGGCGGCUCGAGGAGCUGUCAACGGUUUAGCUCCAUCGGUACACAACAAUCGACCACCGAUAAUGCCGUUGUCCCCACGACGGUUGACCGGUUUCGCCCAUGAUAUUGCUCGCGGCAUGGAAUACAUUUCAGAGAAGAAGAUCGUACAUCGUGAUCUUGCCGCGCGCAAUGUACUCCUGGACCACAACGGUAUCUGUAAGAUCUGCGACUUCGGUAUGUCGGUCGAUCUGGAGAAGGUGAAAUCGUCGCACGCUCAGAUCCGAAUGCCACGGAACCAUCACCACAGUGAGUCGAGGUUUAAGUUCGACCUGAGUGCACGAUCGUUCGGCAUCGGUAGACAUCACAACCAUGGGCACGAUCACAGUGGUACUCAUGGUCGGCACGGUGGAGGUGGUGGUAGCGGAGGUGGUCACAGCAAUAGUCACGGGCAUGAUACGAAGAGUCGUCCGGCAUUGCCGAUACGCUGGAUGGCUCCGGAAGCGUUACAGUAUCACAUAUUUUCCCGCGAAACCGACGUCUGGGCGUUCGGUAUUGUGUUGUGGGAGAUUGCCACAUUAGGUUGUACUCCCUAUCCAAAUCUUUCGGGACGUGAGGUAGUUCGAAGUGUGCCGAAUGGGGCCCGUCCGGAGGUACCGGCCGAUUGCCGACCGGAGCUGUACGAUCUAAUGCAGCGGACUUGGCGAAAGGAUCCACGGCAACGGCCAACAUUUACCGAGGCACGCACCUGUCUCGCGAGGACCCUCUGCCAGUGGCAGCUGGAGGACAACGAUACCUCAAAUACGUCCGAGUACCUAGACGUUAGCGGGUUCAGCGAAGAUCUAGAACAGGGAAUGGUUUACUUUAACCGGCGAAUAUCUGAGUUUGAGUGUGAAAUCUAAUGCCCGGUUAAAGACGCUCCAGCUGUAAGAUGUCUCGCUUAUUGGCUGACGUUGUAACCAACCGAUCGGUUGGUUACUAUUUGAAUUUUGUACAUACUAGGCUCUCUGUUUUUUUGUGUUUUACACUAACUAUCGCUCUUUGCACCAAAAUCAUUGUCAUCCAUUUACCGUCAUUCAUUCCGUGUGUACGAUGUGUACACGGUUACCGAUACCGGUGUGUUUAGUACAUUCGACAUUUCGGUUAAAUUAUCUUCAUUCGUAGUUGCGUAGUGUAUAGCAGCUCUACUAGUAUGGGAUAGCUUUUAAUAAGAUAACAAUACCCAACAAUUGCACUGAUGUAGGCAAGUGAAACGCUAACACAACUACACUAAACCAGCAGCUAUUUGAAUGUACGCAAAUGACCGCAGACGCAUCGGAGUGAGAGCCUGUGAAAGUGAUAGCAAAGCAAUUUAGUGCACCGAUUAGUAGUUGUUUAUAUAUGCAUGGCUCCAUUCGAAGGUUUCUGUGUACAUUUGAGAAAUGUAGUAGCUUUGAUGAGUGCAGGUGAUCAAGUAGUUAGGCUGUAAGGUUUGUCCUUUAUUUGUCCCCUCAAAAAAAACAACCCUGCUAGUGCUCCCGUUUUCCACUAGUUGAUAUGAUUAUUUUAUUUGUAAUAUUUUAUAUGUUUGAGGCUGCACCACCAUUUUGACGGGUGGCCGCAUGGAAGAAGAGAAAGCAAGAAGCAAAAUGAUGGAAAAGCAGAAGUAAAGAAAAUUAAAAGAAAAACGAAUAAAAAGUUUUGAUGUUUUGUGACUAUACCA